AGUUUUGAUGUUAGUAAACGCCAAAAUUUAUCUUUAUUAUCUUGUCAAAUUGUUAUUUUGCUGUUUUCCACUAAAAAUAGUUAAAAGUGGAAACACGUAAGUUAUUGCGUUGGCUAUGAGUGUUGCUUCGUUGAUGUACUCGUGAUAAUGGAAGAAACAAUACCUAACAAGGAAAAAUAUCAUGAACAAAUGGAUUGGACGCAAAUUAAACAAGAUAGGGAAGAUUAUUUUGAAAAACUUAGGAAGUGGUUGAAUGAAGCUAGAUUAUGGCACAUUUUGUCAUCGAACUUUCCCAAUCCCCUCCCAGGAGCCCCUUUUCCAGACGGAUCCCAACAACAGAAUUACCAAAACCCAUAUGCUCUGUUUUAUCAAAAUCCAGCAUUUGGGCAGAAUGUAGGAUUUCAUGCACAAAACAAUCCGCAGAUGCAGCAAUUUCCUAAUGGAAAUACAAAUAACACAUUGUCUGGAGUGCCUUUUUACCAAACAUAUCCAUUUAUUCCACCUCCCAAUCUAUUGAGACUCCCGACUACGUUUGAACUGAAAGUACCGCCAGUUUGGAAGAGAGUUUGUGCGGAACUUAUAGAUUUUUGCAUUUUAUUUACAUUGAAACUUAUUCUUACAUUCUUAUUUAUGGAAAGUUUUAGUAUUGGAAAUGCUUUGGAUCUUUAUGGCUUAGAUCUAUUGCAGAAAGGGCUUUUAGAUGGACAAGAGUUGAAUUUCCCCCUGGCAUUUGAACUUGUUUUACUUGAGUUUCUUCAUAGAUUUGUAGUGUGCUUAUUUGAGACUUACUUUCUAAGAGGUAAAACAUGUGCUACACCAGGAAAACGUUGCAUGGGUCUUAUGGUAGUCAACAUAGAAAACGUUAGUCUGAUACCAAAUCGACCAACAGAAGUUGUGUCAGCUACAGGAGUUAAACCACUAGGAUGGCAAAGGGCACUUAUCAGGUCCAUCCUGAAGAAUCUCAUUGUUGGACUUCUUUUACCAUUAUGUGUUACUUUCCACCUUUUUCCGUAUAAACGUACGAGUUACGACAUGAUGGCUAAUACAUUUGUUGUAGAAGCGCAUCCAGAAUUUUUACUAUACCAAAAUUUUCUUAGUUAGUCUUUCAAAGUUAGUCUUAUGGAGCCCAUUAAGCUCAAAAAAUUGUACAUGCAUCUGUAAAACACAAGCAUAUUUAAAGGUAAGCUGAUGAAUACAAUGUAAAAACUAACUUCUUUAUAAUAUGAAAUUAAAUUUACCGCUGCUAAACAUUUGUAAAUAUUAUUGGUUUCAUGCUUUUAAGAAAUGCAGUUAAAAUCUUUUUACUAUCACUUCAGUUAAAUUGUGCUGUGUGUCAUGGUGCUACACUAUAUUUCCGCGAUUUCAUUUUACGUAAUGUAAUGUUCGCUCUCUGAGCAAGCGCUCAAUAACUCGUUCAGAAACUUAAAUAACGAUAGUUGUUCAGUUAACGCUUGAUCAGAUAACCUGCGGCCUAAGUAUUUUUACAAUUACAUAACAAAUUUUUGUUUUCACUUAUGUUACCAACUUGAGUAAAUAUAAAGUAUACUAUUCGUCUA